AUUGAGCAUUCAUCCUGAACUUUACUGAGCGUUCUUUUAUGGUAUUCACGAGCUAAAGUCUUACCACAUCAUUUGCAUUUCUUUUUUUUUUUUUUUUCAAAUGGCGUAUAAUUCUUCCAGCUCUUCCACCUCCAUUCCUCUCCCUACCCUACCUGAUGUUUCCACCUUCCUUAAGAUUAAACUUGACCCUACCAAUUACCCUCUCUGGCAAGUCCCGAUGCUUACCUUGCUUCGUAGCAGGAAUCUCGUCUCCUAUGUUGAUGGCACUAGCAAAUGUCCUCCUGCCUUUCUCAAAGAUGAUGAGGGCAUUUUUACUGAUACUGUGAAUCCGGAGUUUGAAGCAUGGAUUCAACAAGAUGCUAUGGUUAUGUCCUGGAUCAAGAGCUCUGUUCAUCCCACUGUGUUGGGUGCCCUAAUCGGGAAAACCAGUUCUCAUUCUGCAUGGAUCUGUCUGCGCGAACGCUAUGAUUUGCAGUCCACUGGCCGUCUUCUUCAACUUCGCAGUGAGCUGAUGAACACCCACCGUGGUGACUCCUCCAUUGCUGAGUUUCUCGGUCGUGUCAAUUGCCUCGCUGAGACUCUCUCCUUAUCCGGUGCUCCUGUUUCUGAGUCAGAUAUUGUUGCCAUUGUUCUCAACAAUGUUGGUCCUGCAUAUGAAAGCACCGUGGCUUCUGCUCAGGCUCGUGAUGAAGCCAUAUCUUACAGUGCUUUGGAGGCCCUUCUGCUCAGCGCUGAGCGCAGUCAAGAGAUGGAUACAGUCUUCUCUGAUGAUACUGGACCUACUGCUCUCGCUGCUGCUUGUGGCGGUUGUCCUGGUACCUUUCGUGGUUGUGGCGAAGGCUAUGGACGUAUUCGUGGUGGCACAAGUGCUAGUUCUAGAAUGGCUUACAUUCCAACACACAAGCGGCACUUGAAGGAAUCGGAGAGGACAUUGCUGACAUCAGAGCUGCUUGCUUCACAAUUGAAGAAAAACUUAAAUGUCAAUCCAUGUAACAUGUCUAAUGUGGAUGGGACUGGAAGAAUAGUUUAUGCAGACCAUCCUACACAUAGAUGGUGUGCCGUAGCUUUGGAUGACGAGAACCAGUUUCCAUCUUCUGUUAAUCUUGAACCUGUUACCUUGGAGUCUGCUGAGCCGAAAAUUGGAAAUAAAUUUCUAGCUUUGAUCAAUACUAGUAUAGAUAACGAAGGCGGUGAGGUGAAAUUGAAUUCGCGAAGGAGCCUUGGGGCAUCUAUAGCAGAAAAUGUGCUGGAAGACUUAGUUUCUUCUUUCGAACACAUGAGGAAUGAAAUGAAGUGUGCAAAGCUCACAGAAGUAAAUCCUACUUUGGUUGCUAGAGUGGGCAAAGUACUUUUUCGUAGGGUCCCUUCAGUUAGCAUCGAAUCCAUCAGAAGAAAUUUGUGUCCUGAAAUCUUGAAACGAUGGGGGCGAUCGUUUUACCCAAAUGUUCCUGUUUCAUAUAAGGAAAGGAUUGUGAACGAAGUUGUCCCACAAAUUGGAGUUGAUUUCGAAGAGGAGGAAGAUAUAUACGAAUUACAGUUGUCUGAUUCUACGAGUCCAGAUCCAACUCUCUCCUGCAAAUGUCGGGUAAUGAAGGAACAUGGAACGCUACAACUCUACGAGGGUUUAUAUCCUGAGACUUACAUCGAAAUGUCAACUUUCUUUCAGAUCAAAUUGAAACCAGUGCGUAAAAUGGUAAUGGACAUUUCAUGCACUACUAAGAAUCUGGACCUGAGGCUAAUGCUAUGCACUAAGAGACUCGUAACUGAUCUGACUGAUGAUGAGAUGCAAAGCAUUACGGAUCUCGUUAAUUCUGCGAUUCUAGAUCCAGAAGUGAAGGGUGGAUUGAGAUGGCCCCUGGGGAAGGAGUCUUCUGGAGAUAAAUACAAAGUUCUUAGGGUUUGGCACGUAAGAGCUAAUACGUAUAGAAAUUCAUCACUGAGAUUGAAAGUAAAACACUAUGACCGAUUUGAUUUUAGAACCCUAACCGGGGAAGCUUCUUGGGUGGCGAGUCUGGUGCUGGAAAACGUAAUGUCAAAGUUACGGGAAGAAAAUGUCGAAGUCAGCUCGGUUUAUGAGAUGCUUAAGGAAAAUAUGCAGUUUAUAUGGGAUAACUUCUUGAGCUGUGAAAGUUUUUUAACAUGAAAUUGCUUGUUGUUGUAAAUCAGUGAUCACUGUCUAUUCGACUUGUAUAUAUCUGUUUCCUUCCUUAGUUUUAUGUUCAACUUUUAGCAUCGUUUGAUGGAUAAUUAGUAACUGUUUUAUUGAUUUCUUGCAAUUCUGCUAUCUAUUUGUAUCUGGCAUAGUUGAUGGUUAAUGCACUUUUGGCAAUUUCAUUUCGAUGACUUCAUUGCCAGUAACUGCUUCGGCU